AAAGCUCUGCUUUCACUCUUGCAAGCUCAUUCCCUCUCUCUCUCUCCAUCUGAUUCCAAACCCUCAAUUUUUCCGAAGAAAAACCCUUCAAAUUUUUCCUACCAUCCAAACACACUCACAAAGUCACAAAACCCUAAGCUGAAACUUUGUGCUCUUCCAUUCCAUGGAUCCUCCUCGCCGAGCUCCACGCGCCGUGAUCGACCCCGUUCCCAAGUUCCGACAAGUCGGGUUCUUCGCUCCCGGAGCUCCACCAGAACGAUCUCAGUCGGGUCCACCCGACCCGACUCACUCUGCUGCUCCAAUCUCCGAUAUCUCUCCCUCCGGCAACUCUCUCUCGCCGGUCAUGAUCCCGCCGCCGCGCCACCUCUCCGAUAAUCUCCUCCUUCACGCUCGUCCUGCCGCUUCUCCUCUUCGCGCCGAGUCCAUCGCCGCCGCCGGAAGCUCCUACGAUGCUUCCGAUUUCUUCCCUGCUCCUCUGUCGCCGGCGCCGUCGUCCUCGUACUCCAGCAGGAUCGCCGGUGCCGCCGAUGGAGGCUUCUUCAACGGCGGCAAGGGGAACAAUGCCGGAAAGGUGGCUGCGUCGUCGUUUCCUCGCGGAGGAUUCGACUUGACGGCGAUGAAAGCGAGUGUCGUUCCGGCGAGCAAAUUGACCACUGUUUCUGUGGUGAAUGAUUCGCUUGGGAUUCCCGAAAAAGAAAAGGUAAACAAAGGAGGAGGGUCAGCAGUGGAAAUGAAAGACCAACCUACUAGUUCAAAACAGCAGAAACCAAAAACCUCAAAAGCUGAAAGACGUGCUCUUCAAGAAGCUCAACGAGCUGCAAAGGCUGCUGCAAAAGCUGAAGGAAAUAAGGCAUCUGGAACUCCAACUUCAACAACCGCAAAAUCAGCUAAAGCUGCAAAGCCUGCCCAGAAAGUUGAUAAUUCAGUGGUUGCAGCCUCUGAGAAGAAGGGGGGUGAUUGUCCACCAGAAAAGGAUAGAAAGAAAGAUGCUCCCCAACCACGCAUGCAGUAUGAUGACAGGAGCCGAGUGGAGAAAGCUAAACGUCGUGCUGUGGUUAAACAAACUGAAGCUAGGAACAGAGUUGAGUUGUUCAGGCAUUUACCACAAUAUGAACAUGGGAGUCAGCUUCCAGAACUUGAGGCAAAGUUUUUCCAUCUUUCUCCCGUGCAUCCUGCUGUUUAUAAGGUGGGUUUGCAGUAUCUAUCUGGAGAUAUAUCUGGUGGUAAUGCUCGUUGUAUUGCAAUGCUUCAAGCAUUUCAAGAGGCCAUCAAAGACUACAAGGUUCCACUUGAGAAGACUCUUGUGAGAGACUUAACAGCAAAAAUUAGUAGUUAUGUAUCAUUUCUUAUUGAAUGUCGACCUCUGUCAAUCAGCAUGGGAAAUGCAAUUAGGUUUCUCAAAAGUCGAAUAGCCAAGCUACCAUUGACCCUGUCUGAGUCAGAAGCAAAAGCAUCUCUCCAGUCAGAUAUUGAGCGUUUUGUAAGUGAAAAGAUUAUACUUGCCAACAAGGUGAUAGUGAAACAUGCUGUCACUAAAAUAAGAGAUGGUGAUGUUCUUCUAACUUAUGGGUCGUCAUCGGCAGUUGAAAUGAUACUGUUGCAUGCACAUGAGUUAGGAAAACAGUUUCGUGUUGUGGUUGUUGACUCUCGUCCAAAGCUUAGAGGGCAACUUUUACUUCGCAGGCUUGUGGAGAAAGGUCUAAGCUGUACAUACACGCAUAUAAAUGCUGUUUCCUACAUUAUGCAUGAAGUUACUCGUGUUUUUCUGGGUGCUUCAUCAGUGUUAUCUAAUGGAACAGUAUAUUCAAGAGUUGGAACUGCAUGUGUUGCAAUGGUUGCUCAUGCAUUCCGUGUACCUGUCAUAGUAUGUUGUGAGGCCUAUAAAUUUCAUGAAAGGGUACAGCUGGAUUCAAUAUGCUCUAAUGAACUUGGUGAUCCAGAUGUCAUUUCAAAUGUUCUGGGUCGAAAGGAUGUCAGCCACUUGGAUGGUUGGGCCAAUAUGGAAAAUCUGCAACUUUUGAAUCUGAUUUAUGAUGCAACCCCUUCAGAUUAUGUUUCAAUGAUAGUCACAGAUUAUGGAAUGGUGCCCCCCACAAGUGUGCCUGUAAUUGUAAGAGAAUAUGGGAGAGAACAAAUCUGGAUAUAAGUUUUGUUAAUUUUAACCAUCUCAGUUUUGUUGGCGUGCAAAAUCCCUAUUUAGCACCCUGGUAACAAUAAAUUUAAGAUGGUUGUGAUGAAUGUUUCUGUAUUAUUUUCCCACCUCGGAAUAAUGUAAUGGGCCUUUUUUGUUCUGAAAUUUUGGACAUUUCUGUAUUCACCUGUCCUAGCGAAGAGUGCAAAAUUUCGCCUCUCCAGGCAGAUUUAGCCAUGCAUUCUCUUCUGUAACAGUGUUUUUUUGUUCUAUUGUUCUUUACCUUUUGGAUGAUUAUGAGGUCACAAUUUUGGUUUAGCAAGUUUUAGUUGUGUUUAGCCCCUUCUUUGGAUACUUAUGACAACCA